AUGGAAAGCCCAUUAAUAGAGAAUGAAGAGGUCGAGCCUAUUUCAUUAUCAGUAGUGGCAUCAACAGAAACAUCAAAAAAUGAAAAAACAUUGGGAAAUGAAAUUAAUAUUAAAGAUAAGGAUGAUGAAGAAUUAGAAGAAAUUAAUAUUAACCAAGCUAUUAUAACUAAUGGAGAUGAUGAUGAUGAUGAUGACGAUGAUGAUGAGGAAGAUAAUAAUCAAUAUAAUAAUGGAACAUUAAUUAAAUUACCAAAAAAAUAUGAAAGAUCAUUUUCAAAUUAUAUUAUGAUUUCACAUUUAAUAACUCGGAUGGGUGAUAAAUCAUGGGCAUUCAUAAUUCCAUUAUUUUUAAUAACACUCUCACCAAAUUCCUUAAUACCAAUUUCAGUAUUUGGUUUAUCACAAUAUUUAUUUAGAUUAUUAUUUGGUCCAACAAUUGGUAAAAUGACUGAUAAAUAUAAAAAAGUUCAAAUAAUUAAAUUAGGUAUAUUUUCACAAGCAUUUGCAAUUGGAUUAUCAUGUAUAAUUUUAUUCAUUCUUUUUAAACAUGUUGGUGUAAUUGAAAAUUCAACAACAUCAUCAACGUCAUCAACAUCAACAUCAUCGUCAACAUUAUUUUCAAGUGAUUUAUCAAUAUUUUUAUUUAUAUUAUUAUUAUUACUUUCAUCAAUUCAUUCAUUAGCAACUCAAAUGAUGGAUAUUUCAGUUGAAAGAAAAUGGACACCCUCUAUUGUUAAAAGGGAUUCAAUAUUAACAAAAGUUAAUACAAGAAUGAGACAAAUUGAUUUAGGUACUGAAAUGUUAGCACCAUUUUUAGCAGGUUUAGUUGCACAAUUAUGUGGAGCAACUGCAUUUAUUUGGAUUGGUGUAUUUAAUUUCUUUUCAUUCUUUCCACAAUAUAUAUUAUUAAAGAUAGUUUAUGAUAGAGUAUCUGUAUUAAAUUUAAAGAUUGACAAAGAAGGUUUAAUUGAUUUUAAAGAUGGUUGUGAUUUAUCAACAUUUAUAUAUGGUGGUGGUGGUGGUGAUGAUGAUGAUCAAAGUAAUUUAAAAACAAAGAAAUCAUUUAAACAAUUUUUAAUGGGUGAAUGGAAUCCAUUUACAAAUAUAAUUAAAGGUUGGAUAGUAUUUCAAAGACAGAGUGUGUUUUUAGUGAUUUUAGCAUACUGUUUAUUAUGGUUUACAAUAUUAAGUCCACAUGAUUCAAUUUUAACUGCUUAUUUAUCGAAUCAAGGUUACAGUUAUAUUGAAUUAAGUAUAUUUCGUGGACUAGGUGCAAUAUUUGGAUUGGGUAGCACAUUGCUGUAUAAUAGGUUACUAAAAUCAAAGAAUGUUUUUAAAGAUAAUAUGAACAAGUUAUCAUUAUUCUAUAUAUUGGAAGAGGGUAUAUUCGUAUUAAUUAGUGGGUUAUUCUUUGCAAGUUCUCUUUCAAAUUGGGUUAAUAAAUACAUUUUCAUGAUUUCAAUAAUUUUAUCGAGAUGUGGGUUAUAUGGUUUUGAAAUAACAGAGAUUCAUUACGUUCAACGAUUAGUUCACCAUAGUGAAAGAGGGUUGGUGUCGGGUGUGGAAUCUUCGUUAUGCAGUUUAGCAGUUUUAAUAAUGUUUAUUAUAUCUUCUUCACUUCAGUCAACAAAUAAUUUCUUUAUUUUAAUUUGGAUUUCAAUUUCUUUUGUUUUAACAGGUGGUUUAUCAUUCUUUGUUUGGUUUUUAAAAUAUAAUAAUAUUGAUAAAAAUUUAAAUGUUUCAAAUAUUUAA